AUGCGUGGGAUUGUGAUUUCCUCCUGUGGUUCUUCUGGGAGAAUAACAGAGAGUGUCGACCGCUUGAAACGGUUGGUCGAAAUGAAUAUCUUCGAUUUUGUCUUCUCCUUUGCAGGGGUAUCAACUGUGGAUUCUCUUGUUGUCCCAGCACUAAGUCGCUUCAUUGAAAAUGUGUUUGUGUACGACAUGGGCACAUGGGCAGCGCUAGAAGCAUCGUUUGGAGAAGACAAGCGUGCCCUGAAUAGUACUCCCAUCAUGCUGUCGUAUGCAGAAUAUCAGAAGAUCGAUGAUGAGCACAAUACCAGGGAACGUGUUGUCAAGACCCGAGUGUUAGCCUACUCGAACUUCAAGGACGCAAGGCCAUGGGGCCUCGAUAUCUAUCGAUGUUCGAACGCUCGCUGUGGUGCUAGGGCUCACAACAUGGUCUUCCAUGCUGAUGGAAGGCAGUUCUAUGGGCAAAAGUGGCUGCAAACAUGUAUGAAGACAAGAUGCUUGAGCUGCGGGGAGAAGCGCAAGAGCAUACGAGCUCCGACAUGGAUACAUCAAUGUGGUGGUGAAAACCUUGGGCGUGUCUGGUACAAUUGGCCUCUCAGCAUUUCUCAGCGAAUGGAGAUUGGGAUCACUCAUUGA